CAGCCCCAGAGAACCGGAGCAAGCCAAAGAGAGAGGACUGGAGCCAAGACACUGGUGGGGGAGCUUGGAUGCCUGGCUUUCUUUGAGGACAUCUUUGGAGCAAGAGUGGCUUUGGGGUGGGGGGUUGUGCUGCAGGGAAUCCAGCCAGGCCUCAAGAUGGACACUUCUGGGCACUUCCAUGACUCGGGGGUGGGGGACCUGGAUGAAGACCCCAAGUGCCCCUGUCCAUCCUCCGGGGAUGAGCAGCAACAGCAGCAGCAGCAGCAGCAGCAACAGCAACCACCACCACCGCCAGCGCCACCAGCAGCCCCCCAGCAGCCCCCGGGACCCCCACUGCAGCCUCAGCCUCCGCAGCUCCAGCAGCAGCAGCAGCAGCAGCCACCGCAUCCCCUGUCUCAUCUAGCCCAACUCCAGAGUCAGCCCGUCCACCCCGGCCUGCUCCACUCCUCUCCCACCGCUUUCAGGGGCCCCCCUUCGUCCAACUCCACCGCCAUCCUCCACCCUUCCUCCAGGCAAGGCAGCCAGCUCAAUCUCAAUGACCACUUGCUUGGCCACUCUCCAAGUUCCACAGCCACAAGUGGGCCUGGCGGAGGCAGCCGGCACCGGCAGGCCAGCCCCCUGGUGCAUCGGCGGGACAGCAACCCCUUCACGGAGAUCGCCAUGAGCUCCUGCAAGUACAGCGGUGGGGUCAUGAAGCCCCUCAGCCGCCUCAGCGCCUCCAGGAGGAACCUCAUCGAGGCCGAGCCGGAGGGCCAACCCCUCCAGCUCUUCAGCCCCAGCAACCCCCCGGAGAUCAUCAUCUCCUCCCGGGAGGACAACCAUGCCCACCAGACCCUGCUCCAUCACCCCAACGCCACCCAAAACCACCAGCAUGCUGGCACCACUGCCAGCAGCACCACCUUCCCCAAAGCCAACAAGCGGAAAAACCAAAACAUUGGCUAUAAGCUGGGACACAGGAGGGCCCUGUUUGAAAAGAGAAAGCGACUGAGUGACUAUGCUCUGAUUUUUGGGAUGUUUGGAAUUGUUGUAAUGGUGAUAGAGACCGAGCUGUCUUGGGGUUUGUACUCAAAGGAUUCCAUGUUCUCAUUGGCCCUGAAAUGCCUUAUCAGCCUGUCUACCAUCAUCCUUUUGGGUUUGAUCAUCGCCUAUCACACACGUGAAGUCCAGCUCUUCGUGAUCGACAAUGGCGCGGAUGACUGGCGGAUAGCCAUGACCUACGAGCGCAUCCUCUACAUCAGCCUGGAGAUGCUGGUGUGCGCCAUUCACCCCAUUCCUGGCGAGUACAAGUUCUUCUGGACGGCGCGCCUGGCCUUCUCCUACACCCCCUCGCGGGCGGAGGCCGACGUGGACAUCAUCCUGUCCAUCCCCAUGUUCCUGCGCCUCUACCUGAUUGCCCGGGUCAUGCUGCUGCACAGCAAGCUCUUCACCGAUGCCUCCUCCCGCAGCAUCGGAGCCCUCAACAAGAUCAACUUCAACACCCGCUUUGUCAUGAAGACGCUCAUGACCAUCUGCCCUGGCACCGUGCUGCUCGUGUUCAGCAUCUCGCUGUGGAUCAUCGCUGCCUGGACCGUCCGCGUCUGCGAAAGUCCUGAGUCACCAGCCCGGCUUUCUCGCUCAUCACUUCCUGCUUGGUACCAUGACCAGCAGGAUGUAACUAGUAACUUUCUGGGUGCCAUGUGGCUCAUCUCCAUCACAUUCCUUUCCAUUGGUUAUGGGGAUAUGGUGCCCCACACAUACUGUGGGAAAGGUGUCUGUCUUCUCACUGGCAUCAUGGGUGCGGGCUGCACUGCCCUGGUGGUGGCCGUGGUGGCCCGAAAGCUGGAACUCACCAAAGCAGAGAAGCACGUUCACAACUUCAUGAUGGACACUCAGCUCACCAAACGGAUCAAGAAUGCUGCAGCCAAUGUUCUUCGGGAAACGUGGCUAAUCUACAAACACACAAAGCUGCUAAAGAAGAUUGACCAUGCCAAAGUCAGGAAACACCAGAGGAAGUUCCUCCAAGCUAUCCACCAACUGAGGAGUGUCAAGAUGGAGCAGAGGAAGCUGAGUGACCAAGCCAACACCCUGGUGGACCUUUCCAAGAUGCAAAAUGUCAUGUAUGACUUAAUCACGGAACUCAACGAUCGGAGUGAAGACCUGGAGAAGCAGAUUAGUAGCCUGGAGUCUAAGCUGGAGCAUCUCACUGCCACCUUCAAUUCCCUGCCCCUGCUCAUUGCGGACACCCUGCGCCAGCAGCAGCAGCAGCUCCUGUCUGCCAUCAUCGAGGCCCGGGGCGUUAGCGUGGCAGUGGGCACCACCCACACCCCACACUCCGACAGCCCAAUUGGGGUCAGCUCCACCUCCUUCCCGACCCCAUACACAAGUUCAAGCAGUUGCUAAAUAAAACUCCCCACUCCCGAAGUGUUACCCAUAGGUCUUAAGAUGCAAAUCAACUCUCUCCUGGUCGCUUUGCCAUCAAGGAACAUUCAGACCAGGGAACAGAAAGAAGAGAGACCAAGCUAAUUAACUAACUCAUGUUCAUUCAGCGUGCUUGGUUCGAUAUGCCUUGAAACCAGAAAUCUAAUCUCUGUUUAGGUGCCUCUACUUGGGAGCAGGAAGAGGAGAUGACAGGAAGCAACGCCUGUGGCAGGGCCCUUGCUGCAGAGUUGGUGGAGAACAGAAACCCACGCUCAAUCUCAGGUCUUCACGUGGGGGGUGGGGGGCCAGAUGCACUGAAGUAGCCAACAGCGAAGCCAGCCCAGAAUAGGGGCCCACUGGGGAGGGGGUUGUGUUAGGCAUGGGGAAUGGGUUCCUCACUGCUGGGGUCCUCAAGUGUACCUCUCUCCUUUCCUUUUGUCCAAGGAAGCCUCUGGGUGACAAAAGCAAAAGAGAGCUGCCACAACUUGCCAAAACAGACAUACCCAAUUUAGACUGAAAAAGAAAAGCAUAGACCAAUAAAAAGCCAGAUUUUCCAUCCAAUAUUAGUACCCAUAUAAACCUGUGUUUGCAAGCGUGUGCACAAACACACACAUACACACCCCACAUCCAAUCCAGCUCCUUUCUUGUU